GCUCUGAAAACAGACUUUUUUUGACAGUACCUGAAUGCAACAAAAGUUCGAAAAGUAUGGCGGCGGAGUGUUUGACAGUAACGGAGCAGUGGAUACGGGACAGAUUACAACUGAAACAUCCGUGUCUCGGUGAUGUUCGCUCUCUGAGCCUCCCGGGCACGUAUGAGGAGAAGAUUACACAUCUGGGAAACGCGCUGAAUAACUUUGUCCGUCUGAAGUCUCUGGACCUCUCCUGCAAUGCGCUCGUCUCCGUCAGGGGGGUUCAGCAUUUGAAACUGCUGGAGAGGUUGAUCCUGUACUAUAACUGCAUACCUUCCCUCGAAGAGGUGAAAGUACUGUAUGAGCUUCCAGUUUUGAGAGAACUGGACCUCAGACUCAACCCUCUGACCAAAACUGACCCACACUACCGCCCUCAUCUGGUGCAUGCCAUGCCCAACCUACGCAGACUAGAUGGCUGUUCAGUCAGAGACACUGAGCGCAAAGCUGCCAUAAUGCAGUUCUCCUCGGACCUUCUACCUCAGCAGAAGAGCUCAUCUUUGAAUCAGGGCGCUGACCAAAGAAGCAGUGAUCAGAGACUGGCUUUAGUUGACCGCUUAACCAAGAGACUCUCUCUCCUGACUGACACUGAUGAUAUUGUCAUGAAUUUUGUUGCGACAAAUCAUGGAGACCGAAGUGAAACUCUGCCCUUCUUUGACUCACUUCACAAGGAGGCUGAAGAUUCAAAAGAGGAAGACUCAAAUGAUUUUACUGAACAGAGGAGUUCUACUCCAAAAGAGGAAAUUGCUAAGUCCAUCCUCAGGUAUCCUACAACAAAUUAUGAUAACACCAAGUCCAAAGUGCCACAAAUGAAUGAACCGUCUCAUAAAAGAAGCUCUACCUCAUUGAAAGUGACUGACAGACCGAAGGUGUCCUUUGGCCCUUAUGUAGAGAAACGCAGGCCUGUGCUUGGAAAACAAAAGCAAAAAGACCUCCCCAAACAAACCAGACAUGCAGCCAAAGGACAUUAUACCCCUAAUCCUGAUCAAAGUCAUCGUCACAGUUCUUCAUUUGUUAAUAUCCGGCCUCCCAGUCCACGUCGUCCUGGUUUAAAUCUGUCUGACCCUUCCAACCCCAUCUUACAUCCUCCGAGACUGACUUACUCUAGCUUCAGUAAGACAGAAGGGGGCUCCAGCCUGCCACAGCAAGAAGAGAAGAAGAAAAGGGGAAGUUAUAGGAAACCCCUGGAGAUGCUCCUGAACCUCGUGGACAAACACUGGAUGGGAGAGAGGUCGCUGCAUCAUAACAACAACUUCCUGUCUCAAGCAGUCCAGAUUCUAUCUAUGAUGGAAAACGAUAUUUCCAGUCGGGAGGCUGAGGUCAGGACCUUAAGGCGAGAGGCUGAUGCACUGAGCUUCCAAGCAGCUGUGCGAGAGGAAGAGCACAAAACUGAAGUCCGUAACCUCUCUGCUCAGCUGGAGGAAUCUCGCAGUGCAUGUGGCAAACUCAAUGAGCAGCUGAGGAUUGUCUUGGAGGAAAACGUGGCUCUACAGAAACAGCUCAUCAAGUUAGAACGACAGUAUCUCAAGUCUAUGAUGAAAAGUUCACCAAUUAGUCAGAUUAAAGAGGCUCAGACAGAAGUGGAGGCGCUGAGGAAAGAGAUCGAAGGGCUGAGGGAGAAAGUGCAGGAGGCUGAGAAAGUGAAGGAUCUGUCAAAUAUGCUGCAAGAAAGUCACCGGUCCCUGGUGGCUACCAAUGAAUGUUUGCUAGCCGAGCUGAAGGGAAGUGGGGAACUAUGAAGGAGAAUUUGAAUGAAAAGACGCACACUGGGAUGAAAAUAUCAAAGUCAGGCUAAGCAGAGCGGCAUAUUAGCCUUCCAGAAUUUUUUAAAAUUCAUUUUUACUUUGCAUCACUGCAGUGUACAUUUAUUUUUUGUAUAUAUUAAGUUCCCAGCCCUUGUGUGUUUAUAGUCUAGUGUUUAUUAUUUCAAAAGAAUAUGUAUAGGCUGUGUUUGCUUGAUGUAAACAGUAGCGGGGAAAGUCAAUUCAUUCAUGGAAGUUUGUGUACAAGUGUGUGACAGGGCUGCUAUGUUAAAUUAUUAUAAAGGGAAAAUGUUAGAGAGAAGGUCAUAAUGUAUUUCCUGGAUCAGUGGCAAGAUUGUGUCUCUCUUCCUAUUUUCCCUCUUUUCUUUUUUUUUAUAGGUCACUCGUUUCUCCAUCUGCUUUGUACACGGCAGUGGAAUGAAUGCAUCUAGAUUCCAGCUGCACUAUGCCUUUAUUUAUACCUCUGCCUUAGGGCUGGAAAGCUACACACGCACACACACACACACACACACACACUCCUCUUGCAAGACCUGGCAAACCAGGUUACGAUGUGGGUGCUACUACUGUACAAGAACUGAAUGUAGCUUUUGGUUGUCAGUGAAUAUUACAGGUCACUGUUUGGUGCUACUUGUGGAAAGUUUCAGUGUGCCUGUGGGGAAAAAAAUAACAUAAGAAUAUAAAACAAUGUGGUUUGACCGACACCCAUAACCUACUCAACAGAGGUUCAGAGGUGUGUUUUUCUUUUUUUUUUAUUUUCAAGAAUGCACUACAAAUCAUGAAA